AUGCCCGAGACGAAAGCUCCCUUCCGUGCCGAGCACGUCGGCCCGCUCCUCCGCCCCAAGGAGCUGCUGGCUGACCGCGCAGCCUUCGACGCCGGCAAGCUGUCCAUCGAGGCGUUGGACGCCGCGACGAACCGGGCCAUCGAUAGGGCCCUUGCGAUGCAGGCCGACCUGGGCUUCCACGCACUCACGGACGGCGAGUACCGCCGGGGCAUGUUCUGGGGCGAGUUCUUCCAGACUCUCAACGGCAUGGAGGAACGCGAUAACAUCCCUGUGUCCAAGUUUCGUGAUUAUGUCCCAGACGUGAUGGUAUUCCACGAGAACGGCGGGUGGGGCCGCUCGUGCGUGUGCACUGGGCGGAUUUCGCAUACGGGCAAGUCUAGCCUGCUCAAGGAGUGGACGUACACACGGGACAAGGCGCAGAAGCUCGGCCGUGAGGCUAAACUCACCAUGAUCUCGCCCGUAUGGUACCACCUCCGAUACAAUGAGGGCGAGGCGUACCCUUCUGACGUCUACAACAGCGAUGAAGAGUAUUUUGCCGACAUCGCCGCAGCCUUCCGCGCCGAACUCGACAUCCUCUAUGACGCAGGCGUGCGCAACGUGCAGAUCGACGACCCGAACCUGGCAUACUUCUGCUCACAGGUCAUGAUCGACGGCUGGGCAGCCGACCCCGCGAACAAGUGCACGCUCGACGAGCUCUUCGAGACGUACAUCGCGGCAUACAAUGCCUGCCUCCGCGACCACAAGGAUAAGAUGCACUUCGGGCUGCACCUGUGCCGCGGCAACUUCAAGAACUCGCGCCACUUCGCCGAGGGCAGCUACGACCGCAUCGCUGCCAAGCUCUUCAACGAGGUCGAUGUACACACCUACUACCUCGAGUACGACACGGCGCGGGCCGGCGGCUUCGAGUGCCUCGCGCACCUGCCGGCGGAAAAGCGCGUCGUGCUGGGCGUCAUCACGUCCAAGUUUGACCAGAUGGAAGACAAGUGGGAGAUGGCUGCGCGCGUGCGCCAGGCCGCUGAGUUCAUGGCGCGUGGAGGCAGUAUUGAUCAGGCCAUGACGCGUAUCAGCGUCUCACCACAGUGUGGGUUUGCCUCUAACGAGGAGGGGAACGCCAUCUCGUGGGAUGGCAUGGUGAGCAAGCUUCGCCUAGUGCGUGAGAUCGCCGACGACCUCUGGCCGGGGGAGGCGUAGCUACGAGGGUUGCUCGCACAUGGUAGGACGCGCCGUGCUCGGGACAAACAUUAUGCACAAAGUUCAAGUCAAGGCCGAGCCGACGACCACCGCAAUAUACCGUUGGGAAGGUCGUGUGUUUCCCGGGAUCCGUCCUUAACAAGCUACGGCCAGCUGUGAGACGCCGACUGUGGGAAUACUGCACAAUAGACAUGUUCAUGC